CCCAGAAACACAGGCGUUACAUCUCCACCGCUAACUUCCCACAUACAGUUCAUUUUUUUUGCUUUCCCCUCUCUCUCAUGCUUUCCACAAUUUCUCCUUUCUGAUCCUUGAUGUACUCCCGCUCCGACCACUACCGCCGACAUACAACUUCAUGCUUUUUAUUUUUCGAUAUUCGGAUCCAUCUCCAUAGUUUUGUUCGGGAUCAUGACAAUUCAAAGGCGGUGGUACGCAUCUGUUGUAUGCAUCUUUAAGAUAGCAAAAGAAAUCAUAUCAGAUCCCGCUUCAAUUACCGUUGAUUUCGUCUCUCACUGCCUUCGAGCAUCCACUACCGCCUUUGUAAGCAGCGCCUUCUUGCCCUUAGCAUCACCAAACACAAAUUGCGUGGAUGAUCCAACGGAACGAAUAGUACCGGUGCAGUUCUUGAGGAUCGGUGAUACUACCAAAGCCAGUGACAGAUUAAAGAUUGUUGAUAUAUACAAAGGGGGUUUAUUCAGAAGUGCUACUGAACACAAAGAGCAAAUUCGGUAUUCCAGUCAACAAGAUCUUAGGGAGCUUUUCAGUAUCCUAAAACAGGGUUUUGAUGUUUCUUUAACUCAACAAGAGUUACAUGAAGAGCAUGAUUAUGAACACAAAAUGGAUGCAUCUCUUAAAUAUCACACAAAGUUUUUUGAGUCUCUUGGUAUAGCUGGAAUUAGUAACCACAGUUUGCUUUUCUCAAAAACUGCUCCAUUUCCUUUUGUGCAAGAUGAAGAACUAACAAGGCAAUCAACUUAUGUGGGAAACUCAUCUUCUUACAACUCACAUGAACCAAACAUGGAUGUCAAAACAGAAAACCUAACACAUCAACAUGUAGAUGCUCGGUCAAAGGCCAGAUAUGACCAUGUACCUGAAAACAACUGCAUUCCUUUUGCUCAGCUACGUUUGUUUGUUUUUUAUGCGGUGGUCUCUCCGAUGCCGGUGAUAGCGGUGUCUAGGAAUCUGGGAUUUUUUUCCUUACGGAAUCCUUAUCUACUCAAAUUAGAUUGGAGGACAUCAACAGGAAACCACACCUACGUUUACCUUCUCCGUUGAAUUCUGCUUUGCCGGCGUAAUUGGUUUGCUAGAUUCAAAGACCAGUACAUUCCUAUCACUCUUCUAUUCUUUGUAAACACUCUAUUUCCUUCGUAUGGUAACUAUCCGUAACAUAUAUGUUAUAUAUUACAUACUAUUUUUAUUGUUACAGAACUGUUUACCAAAAUGUAUCCGAAAACUUCCCAUACAUACUAUUUUUAUAGUCACAAAUUUUUUAUUCUAACAUUUUUGGACCAAACUGCCCCUGCAUACCGUUUUUAUAGUUAAAAAUUUUGAUUUUAAGAUUUAUG